CUGCUACCGUCAGAUGGCCCCACUUGAUGUUCACAGCCAAGAUGAUAAUGAUAACAAUGGUCUUGAAGCUUCAAAUGAAGGCACUGUGUUGAUGGAUAUAAGAACGUCUCAUUGUCCACCUGGUGUGCUGUCACUUAAUCAGAUUACUUAUCUGGUGGUUCAAAAAAAUUCUGAAGACAAUGGAUUUACAGAGUGCUGUGGUGGUGCCAUCAUCUACAUAUAUGUGGUGAAGGAUUGUACUGGACGGAAGAUGUUCAGAGUGCUAGAGGAGGAAGACUGCUGUCUUCAGUACUACUGUACCUCUGGACGUUCCUUCACACUGCAUGUCACAGAAAUCACUGGCCGUGAAGUCAUCACUCAGAUAAAACCAAAUGUCUGUAACUGUGGGACAGUUGAGGUGGAAGUCCAGUGGGCUCCAGGAAUUCCUAUAGGAUAUAUCAUAAGCACUUCUGCCACCCGGCCCAACCUGACUAUUCAAAAUGAGAGAGGAAAGCCACUGCUGAAGAUAGCUGGAGAGUCAGGUCUGCCCAUGCAAUGCUGUGGCAGGUUCCAACUCUUGAUCACAUCACUGGAUGGAACCAUCAUAGGGACCAUAUCCCUUGUCGAAAACAAAAAUCAAUAUGAGCUGCAGUGUCAAAUUGCCAAACUGAAGGCGAUCAUACUAGGAGCCUGUGUUUUCAUUGACAUUGUAUUUCUUGGAGAAGCAGAAAGCGGCAUAGGUUAUUCAGAACAGAGAUGUAAACUUACAUCUACAGAUGUAAAGUCAUAA